UCGCGAUAAAGGCUUAUUAUCUCGCGGGACCGCCGCUGGUAGACGCGCUCUCGGGCGGCUCUGGCUGGAGAAGAGGAAUCGCAUGUGUUGCUUCAGCUGGCGGUAGUGGCGGGAGCAGAGGCGGUGGAGGCUGUGCGACCGCCUGGGUAAUAACCCCUCGUGCCUCUCCCGCUUCGGAGAAGCUUGUAGAGAGCGUGAGGAAGCUGAGGUUUUGAAAUGGCUGCUGACAUUUCUGAAUCCGGUGGGCAUGAUUGCAGAGGAGACCAGAGGAGCAACACCAAGUUAGAUGCAGAUUACCCACUUCGAGUCCUUUACUGUGGAGUCUGUUCAUUACCAACAGAGUACUGUGAAUAUAUGCCUGAUGUUGCUAAAUGUAGACAAUGGUUAGAGAAGAAUUUUCCAAAUGAGUUUGCAAAACUUACUGUAGAAAAUUCACCCAAACAAGAAGCUGGAAUUAGUGAGGGUCAAGGAACAGCAGGGGAAGAGGAAGAGAAGAAAAAACAAAAGAGAGGUGGAAGGGGUCAAAUAAAACAGAAAAAGAAAACUGUACCACAAAAGGUUACGAUAGCCAAAAUUCCCAGAGCAAAGAAGAAAUAUGUAACAAGAGUGUGUGGCCUUGCAACUUUUGAAAUUGAUCUUAAAGAAGCACAAAGAUUUUUUGCUCAGAAAUUCUCCUGUGGUGCCUCAGUAACAGGGGAGGAUGAAAUCAUCAUUCAGGGAGACUUUACAGAUGAUAUUAUUGAUGUCAUUCAGGAAAAAUGGCCAGAGGUGGAUGAUGAUAGCAUUGAAGAUCUUGGAGAAGUGAAGAAGUGAUUUUGAAAAUGUGUCUGUAUUUAAUGAUCUGAGCUGAUUGUUGAUGUGGCCAAAGGGAGAGAGGCCUUUUAAAAAUAUAUAUAUUUAUCCUACAGUAAAACUGUAGCCUACCCUUCACCCUUGGAAUUUUCACUGUUCUGUACAAGGCUGCUUGUUUUUUGGUGUUUUGGUUUUUUUUUUUAAUUGCCAAAGUCUAAUAAACAGGAGAGACUGUCAUGCUUAUGCAUGAGAUAGAAUUUAGUCAAAUAAAAAUUUUUGGUCAUUUGGUACUGACUUUUCUCUUUCUUUUUAACUUUAUUUUUGGAAAAACUAGAUUUUCUGUGGAAAGCUUUUCUGUUGAUUAUUUUUAAAUACAAUUUAAUCAAAAGUAAUUUUUUUAAUUUGAGUGAUAUUUUAAAGAUUUGAAUUUGGCUUUAUCACCAGUAAUAACUGUCUCCUUGCUUAUUUGGUGUGGUAGUUUUGAGAUGCUUGAAUAUCUCAUGGAUGUAUGGUUGAAUUUGCUUCAUGGUCACCAACCAAGUUCACUUUGUGGGCAUAUUAACAUAUUGUUGGUAACAGCUGUUUGAGCUGUUGUGGAGAUUAUUUAGUAAAGUAUAUUAAAAGCCUUAAAACCAUCUGCACUGUUUGACCCACUUCUUUGGCAUUAUCCUAAAGAUAUAAUGGCUGCUUAAAACUAUGGAUGAGGGUGUUCAUCACAGUGCUACUCAUAAUAUUUAAAAAAUUGCAAAUGAUUAUAAAUGCAACAGUUGGGAAAUGGUUAAAGAAAUGAUGGUGUGUCAUGUGGUAGGAUAUUUGCUUAUAUUUUAAAAUACUGUCUAAGAAUACUUGGAAAGGUGUUUGAUAAUGCUAAGUAGGAGGUCAGACACCCAAAUCCAUUUUAUACAUUAUUUUCAUCGUCUUGAGUGGACAACCAUUCAGAGAGCCUGAGUUCUUGUUCUGGCUGUAAAUUUAUGUGAGUGAAAUUCUUCUAGUCACUUGAAAAUAAUAUACAGCAUUGCUCAGUAUAAUCUGGGAAGCAGCAAUUGAAAUGUGUUUUUCUCAGAAGCAGUGACAGUGAAUCUUAAUGAAUAUAUUAAAUGAAUUUAAACUGUUUUUAUAAAGGUCCUUAAGUCUGGUGCUACAAAUUGGAAAGAAGACUCAGUGGUAUUUUAAGUUGCUGUCGACACUUUUAAGAAAGUUAGAACCCAUUGUCUGUUGCCAUGCAGAAUACCAUCUUGAAUGAAUGGGUUUUUGAGUAUUGAAAUGUUAGGAAGAAUGUAUAAAUAAAGAUGUAAAUUAAGAAAAUGAAAUUCUGCAUUAACUGUGAGUUUAGUUAAAUAAAAUUAUCUAAUGAAGCAAAUUUAUCCAUUAAGACCACUUGAUAUGUGUUAUGUAUGUAUUCUGUUGGUGCUGGAAGAUGUCUAUGUGCUUGUAUCAACACACGUGACUUCAUGUAAAGAUUCUUAAUGUUCACAGUUCUUGGCAAAUGCAGUUUCAGUCCAUUUAUAGCCACAGUGGAUGUUACUGCAGGAAAAUGCAGGAUUAAAACUGUCCUUGUGUAUA